AUGUCGCGACCCUUUGUCACUGUCUGUCGUGCGCUCCGUCGCCAACCCACCCUCACUUCGUUGGCUUCCAAAGCUUGCUUUAGCACUUCUUUACGUCGUGCCCAACAAACCUCGACUGACCCCAACGGCAAAACCCACUUUGGUUUCCGCGAUGUCCCUGAAAAGGAAAAGGAAUCGUUAGUGCAUGAAGUGUUUGCCAAUGUAGCUAGUAAAUACGACGUCAUGAACGACGCGAUGAGCAUGGGCAUUCAUCGCUUAUGGAAAGAUCACUUUAUCCGGUCCAUGGCACCAGGCCCAGGGACCAAAUUACUGGAUGUUGCAGGAGGCACUGGUGAUAUCGCUUUACGAUUCUUGGAUUAUUGCCAACAUUAUCACGGAGAUUCAACGGCUCAGGUGCAGAUGGUCGAUAUUAACGCACACAUGCUUGAAGAAGGCAAAAAGCGGUUCCAGACAACUCCUUAUGCCAACACCAAUCAAGCGAGCUUUUUGGUUCAAAAUGCAGAGGAUCUUAAAGAUGUGCCCUCCUCCUCGGUUGAUAUCUACACCAUUGCAUUUGGUAUUCGCAAUUGCACCCACGUCGACAGAGUAGUCAAGGAAGCUUAUCGUGUGCUGAAACCGGGAGGACGAUUCAUGUGUCUUGAAUUCAGCAAAGUCGACAAUCCAGUGAUUAGCAAAGUCUAUGAUGCAUUCUCUUUCGAGGUGAUUCCUGUGAUGGGACAAAUCAUUGCUAAUGACCGUGCUUCGUAUCAAUAUCUGGUGGAGAGUAUCCGCAAGUUCUACUCUCAAGAAGAAUUUGCAAAGAUCAUUCGGGACGCCGGUUUUAGUACAGUUGGAAGCGGUUACGAAAACCUCACAUUUGGCGUUGCCGCCAUUCACAGCGGAUAUAAAAUCUAG